UCUCCUUCCCCACCACGUAAGAUCGGCAAAAUCAUCGCACGCAAAAUAUCCAUCGACGCGCCGAAGCAAAGUUCAGUUCGUUUCGUUUCGUUUCGUUUCUAGAAGAUUCCUCUUUCCCUCGAUCUCUGCGUCGUCUCCUGCCACCUCCGUCCCGAACCGAGUCGAUCGAAUUUCCAUCGGUUCUCCUCGAUCGCGCGUUGUUUCUAGGGUUUCCCGACUCGGCGGAGAACGAAGAGACCGGGGAAGAAGAAGAAGAAGAAGAAGAAGAAGAGGGCGGAUCGAUGGAUUGGGGGAACGUGACGGCGGAGGAUCUGAUGGACGCCCUCCGCGAGGUGGACUGGUCGCUGCCGCCUCGCCCCUUGCCCGAGUUCUUCUCCAGGUUCACCGUCCCGAGAUCGUACGCCAAGUGGAGCAGCCGCCUCAAAUGCAACCUCUACUACUAUAGGACAAACUACUUCAUCAUGAUUGUUGUCAUUCUUGCACUUGGUUUUCUCAGGAGGCCACUUGCUAUUAUUGCUGCUCUUUUGACAACCCUUAGCAUCGCAUUUCUCAAUGACAGCUUUGCAGGCACUUUUAGUGAGAAGGUGACAAGGAGUGUUAGGCAGUUUUCUCCACAUUUAGCUGCCAAGAUGAGGCCAUCUCUCACACCGGUUAUCCGGGGGCGUCCAUCAGCUAAAAGGACAGUUCACGUAUGUGGUCAGCCACGUUGGGUGUUUGUCUUGAUAUUCUCUUCUGCGUCACUUGUCCUCUGGUACCUCUCCUGUGGUCUUUUAACUGUCCUUUGGGCACUUUUGAUUGGACUUUCUGCCACUCUCCUCCAUGCAAGUUUUAGAACACCGAACUUGAAAGCUCGCCUGAAUACAUUCCGCGAGGAAUUUCGUGCUGUUUGGCGUAAUUACAGUGAGCUGUAGUCUCCAGCUUAGAAAUGAGUAGCUUUUCUUGGUGCUCCCCCAAGGCUUGAAGCUUUAUUGAUGUUUUAGUUGCAAAUUUGGAUGACAGCAGAAGGGACAACCACAGUGAAAUGAGUUAUUUCUCGGACUAGGAUCACUGGGUGAAGGCCAAUAUUAAUCUCCGCUGAUUCUCCGAAGGUGUAAAGUGUUGAAAGCAAAGUAUUCCGUUUUUCAUUUCCUGGGAAGCAGAGGCAGAAGAGGAGAUACGGGUCAGCAUGAAGAACUCAGUGUGACGUGCUGGCUCAUUUGGCUUCUGAAAAUGUUUCCCUUUGUAUGACAUGUAACCUUGUUUGCAUACCGAACAGAAAGAAAAAAAGAAAAUAAAAGAUAGAAUUAUGUUGCGAUUAUUCUCAACUUGGGAUAGCACAACCUGUCUGUAGCUCUCGGAAGUUAAGUGGGCGAGCUUUUCUUGA